AAGGAGAGAGAAAAGUAGAUAAAAAGAGGAAAAAAACAAUAACCUACCCACUAGUUUCGCCCCCUUUUCAGUGCUUUAACCCAAAAACUCUUCUUCUUUACUUUUUUUUCUUCUGCAAUUCUACAACUUCUUCUUCACAAUUUUCAUACCAUAAAACCAACGUAAACUUCUCUGUACCUUUAAAAAUAAAACUUCAUUUUUUUUGGUGUUAGUUUUCAAAUUUUUUUCCUAUGGAGUUGAUUGAAGCAAGAGCAUUGAAAUCCAGUUUUCUCUCAGAUAUGUCUAUGAAAAAUACCCAACAAGUUUUUCUUGAUGAUAUAUGGUGUGUAACAGGGAUUAAUAAUGGAGCGAGUGAGGAUUUUUCAGUUGAUGAUCUUUUGGAUUUUUCUGACAAAGAUUUCAAAGACCCAGAACUGCAUGAAGAUGAUGAGAAAACCUCUUUUUCUGGGUCUUCUCAGAACAGAAAUUCACAGGAUUCUACUUUUUCCGGCAUGGAAAGCUUUGGUUCUCUCGCCGGCGAACUCCCUAUUCCGGUUGAUGAAAUGGAGAAUCUUGAAUGGUUAUCCCAAUUUGUGGAUGAUACUCCGUCGGAAUUUUCGUUGUUGUGUCCAGCCGAAAGUUUCAAGGACAAAACCGGUGAUUUUACAGAGUCCCGGUCUGAACCGGUGGUUAGACCGGUUGUUAAGAAAAUGAGAGUUCCAUGUUUCCCUUUACCGUUUCCAGUGAAACCAAGAAGCAAACGGUCCAGACCGGCUGGAAGAACAUGGUCUUUUCCGUCGUCGACAGUUUCAGGAGACUCUUCUUCUCCAACCUCUUCGUCGUACGGUUCUUCACCGUUCCCUUCGGGUUUUUUCACGAACCCGGUUUAUGACGGUGACUUGUUUUGUAGCGUAGAAAAGCCACCGUUGAAGAAGCCAAAAAAGAAUCCAUCAGCUGAGACCGGUUCAGGCCGUCGGUGUACCCAUUGUCAGGUUCAAAAAACACCCCAGUGGCGAGCCGGUCCAUUGGGUCCAAAAACUUUGUGCAACGCUUGUGGUGUUAGAUACAAAUCCGGUCGGCUUUUUCCUGAGUAUAGACCGGCUUGUAGUCCAACUUUUUCUCUAGAAGUUCACUCAAAUAGCCACCGGAAAGUUUUGGAGAUGCGGCGGAAGAAGGAAACCGGUGAGGUUAUUGACUCCGGUUUAGCUUCUAUGAUUUCAACUUGUUGAAAUGAAAAAACCCGGUUCAGUUAAAAGCGGUCUAGUAGGUCUAGCUCGGUUGCGGUUUAAAUGUGAAAAUUUUGGUAAAUUGUGGGUAGUAGGAAGGGUAGACGUAGAAAUGUAACGUAUUUUAGGAAGGUUAUUGUAAUUUUUACUUUUAGAUUUUUGCUACUUUUUUUUUUUUUUGGUUUUAAAUUUCUUUUUUGCAGUGUAAAAUCUAAUUUAUUCGCAGUUUAGUGGUCAAUCUUAUAGAAACCAUUCAUUUGUUUUUA